UGUCCUUUCGGGGAUUCCGUAGCGCCUUAAAUUCCGACGUGCAAACAUGGCGGACAUUGAGCGAAGUUUAGGCGAUGGUUCGGGAUUUUGUGCUAGAAAUUUCCAGUUUUAGUUGCUUUUCUGUAAACGACUACGACCAAUGACUUGUUUAUCUACUGGCGUAUUUCUUUUAGUUCGAUUUAAUGGAUGUUACUCUCGUCGUGAACCGAAGCAACACAUUCUUUGAACUUUCUGAUGCCGGUAAACGCACUGAAUCGGCUCGACGAAAUCAGACUGACAGCACAUUAACACUCCUCACCUCUUAUAUGUACCCUUAUCUAAUAACUUAAGACGAGUUUAUCAUUUGCACAUUUAUUUCACGCCUUCGUUAUACCAUGACCUUGAGUUGAAAACAGCUCGGUUCAUUCAGCAGUAACAGGUGGAUGUUUACAAUCGCUGUACUCUAACAGCCUACUCUAACAUUUGUACUAAAAUGUCUCUCAUAACGGUUUAGUUUGAGAUUGACCUCAAAUCCACCAUACAACAUGACCGUUUUUUGCUGAAUAGUUAUGUCGCGAAUAAUUGUUCGUGUUGUGAUUAUAUAAAGUACGUCACUCGCGACGUUGACGUCUGCUAGUUUUUCUGCUGUUGAGCCAGUUUUAACUGCAGCGAUGUGCAAGCUGCUCAAGUAUUGCUUCAGUCACUUCCUUUACGCUGCGAUGACCCGGCUGGACGAAGCCAACAAAGGGGUCAACAUGUGGUCAUCCAUUCGGUACCUCGGUUACCUGUCCAGCCUGAACUCCCUGGUGGCCAUUUGUCUGGGUAUUUACGUACAAUGGGAGAAAACCGCAGACACCGUCAUCAUGGUCAUUUUCAUUUUGGGCCUCUUCGUUCUUGGGAUUGCCUGUAUUCUCCACUAUUACUUCGGCAUGGAGAGCGUCAGCCUGUUUCUCCUGCAUCUGUGGUUUGGUUUCCUUUUGGGUUUGCUGUGCUUCGUCAACGUCCCAUCCAAAGAGCUGGAUGUUAAGGAGCAGGUUGCCAACUAUAUGUUAAUAGCGAGCAUUGUGAUACGAAUCCUAUGGGCUUUGGUUGGAAGAAUGUGCGGUUAUACCCGACAUCAACCCGCCUUCCUCACUUCAAGGGAAGCUUUGGAGCUCACAGGCUUCGCUGUGGCCAGCACAACCUUAGUCAGCCAAAAAUCCAUAAGCCUUGUGGUCCUGUCACUGGCUUUGGCUGCUGUAAUUGUGGAUUUGCGCAUGAAGUCCCUCUUGGCGAUCCCAAACCUGGUCUGCUUCUCGGUUGUCGCCGCAUUCUUCUUCCAGGAGUCUUUAGGAGUGUCCACCAACCCCUACGCCUUGUCCUGCUUCUUCAGCCGCCUCGUCUGCGACCCAUUCCUGGACAUCUACUUCAGCGGGCUUUCGGUCACCGAACGCUGGUCGCCGCUGCUACUGAGAAGAGGCCUGUGGAGACGCUUAACGCUUCUUCCUCUGGUGGUCAUGGAGGUGAUGUUUUUAGUCGUGGCCGCUCUGAAGAUGAGCGAUCUGGAUCGGUGGUACCUGCUCAUCCCGGGUCUUUCAGGAUCUGCUCUUUUCUGGAUCAUCUGCCACCUGGUUUUUCUCGUCACGCUGUGGGGUUUUCACAGCAAGCUGAGUGACUGUCAGAGGAUGUGUAUACUGCACACGUCAGAGGCUGGAGAGCUGGACAGGAUCAUGGCGUCUAAGGGGAUGAGGCACUUCUGUCUCAUUUCGAAACGCCUUGUGCUCUUCAGCCUGAUGUCCACCAUCAUACUCGGGGCUCUGGGUUGGCAGAUGUCCAACAGUCUGUUUAUUGCGUUGUUUCUGCUGGUGCUUCCUCUGGAGUCACUAGCCCACGGUCUCUUCCACGAGCUGGGAAACAGCCUCGGAGGAACCUGUGUCGGCUACGCUGUGGUGAUUCCUACCAACUAUUGCAGCCCAGACGGUCAACCCAUCCUGCUCCCCCCGGCGCAUGUGCAGGAGCUCAACCUGCGCUCCACAGGGAUUCUUAACAACGUGCAGCGCUUCUUCUCUCAUCACAUGAUCGAGACCUAUGGUUGUGAUUACUCCACGAGCGGCUUGAGUUUGGAAGCCCUGCAAGCCAAGCUCCGCAUUUUCAUGGAGGCGCACACGGCUGACGGCCCACGACACGACACCUACGUGCUGUAUUACAGCGGACACACACACCGCAGCGGAGAGUGGGCUCUAGCAGGUGGAGAUGUUUUACGUCUAGAUGAGAUUGUGCAGCUUUGGAGAGAAAAGAACGCCGGAAUCUGUUCCCGUCUCAUCAUUAUUCUUGACACCGACAACUCGCUCCCCUGGGUGAAGGAGGUGCAGAAAAUCGAGGGACUUUAUGUAGCGGUUCAAGGAGCAGUGCUGUCUAGUUCCACAGACCCGGAGGUCCAGGACGCGCCUCAGCUCGGGGACUUCACCUGUCAAUGGGUUGAUUUUAACUGCAACCCUGACAGUAUAGUUCGGUGGUCUGAGAGCGGGCGGCCCAUCCGAGCAGCCUAUGGCAUCUCCAGACACUGGAGCGACUACAAGCUUCACCUGCCGACUGAAAGCGACGUCACCAGGCACUGGAGACUCUUCUUCCCACGCCUGACCUACCCUGUGGUUCAGCUCGCUCACUGGUGCGGUGGGUUGAACCUCUUUUGGGUUUGCGGUUACUGUGUUCGACUGCUCCGAAGGAUCAAACUCACGUGGUGCCCACCUGCGGUGCUGGAUACAGGCCAAGGUUUCAAACUGGUUAAAUCGUAGGACAGGACCUAAAGUGUGGCGAUGCUGGUCUGAGCUGUGUCUGGACACGGUUAGGUGACGAUCAUCUACGGCAGCUUUAGGUUGUGUUGACCAGCACAGCGAUUUAUAAAACCUCAGGUGUAAAAACACUCCAUGUGGAAAAGAAAUAGCUAAAAAUUGGCCAACGUACAUACAGGAAUGUCAUUCGUUACUCAGCAAUGGUGAAUUUUCUGGUGAACCAAUCAACAUUUCUGGGUCAUAGGUCACCUCUAAAUCAAAAGGUAGAUAAACAGAAGAUCUAUUUUGCAUAAAGAAAUAAAAUCGAUUUUUUUAAUGACAAUCACAAUCACAAUAAAAUGAUGUCAUUGUAAUAUGUACAAAUAUUUUAUUUUUGAUUAAAUUAUCUUAUUAGAAUCCUUUUUGGUAACCCCCCCCCCCUUUUUUACACGCACAACAUAUACAAAGUUUUUUUUUUUAUUACGGUAAAAAAAAACAAAAUCCCUGAUUACAUUUUGAAAAAUGUCAAUACCAUGAUGCAAAAUGUUUUGAUUUAAAAUUAAAAAUUAUUUUUAUGUGAAUUAUAUUAUUGUUGUUAUAUUAUACAACAAUAUACAGGGUUUCUUUUAUUACAGUAAAAAAUAUCCCCGUGAUGAUUAAUGCAAAAUUUAAUUACCAUAAUGCAAAAUAUUCUUUGAUUUAAAAUGUAUUCAAAAUGAUUGUUUAUAUUACAUAAAAUUAUCAAAAUAUAUGAAAAUGAUUGCAGUAAAAAAAUGAUAAUCAUCACAUAAACGCAAAUUUCUAUACUUAAUUGUCAUGAAAAUAAUUGUUUUAAUUAAUGACCGUAAAAUGUUUUAAUUUUUUAUGCAAAAUAUUUUUUUCCUUUUUGAUUUGAUAAUGGUAAAUUAUGGCCUGGAGAUUGUUAUUAUGAGAUUCACAUACAAUUAGUUACUGAUGGGCCUAACAGCAUUGCACCCACUAACCAAUUCAGCUGUUACAGCUUUAACUUCUUGAAUUUUUUUAACUCCCACUGCCAUUUUAACGCUUCUUUUUUUCAUGACUUUUGUAAACUCUCAGUUAUAAUGUAUCGGCACUAAACUGUUGAAUGCAGCAUUUAUACACCGAUCCAGCAGCACAGCAUGAAACACAUUACCAGCUCAGCCAUUUUGCAGUGCCGCCUCUUAACUGCACUAGACAAUGCACAGCCUUAUAUUUGGUAUCUAUACAAGGGACGUAGUGUCCAUUUAACACUAUAACCCACACAUUCAGAUCUGUCCAGUGGAGUAGUGUAUUUAUGUAUUUUGUUUCAUUUGUUUAUACAGAAAAAGUUUUUUUACUGCCCUUUAUAAAUGGAUAAAUUCUUACUAAUUUGUAUAGUUUGGUAGGUCUCGAUUAGUUAAGUAUAUCUGACUAAUAAUGUUGUGUGUUGCUAGCACUUACAGCAGUUUGGGUUAAGUGUUUAUACUAGUAGUGACAAGUGCCUUGGCUAAAAUUAAUCCUCCCAAAAAGACACGAGGAUUUACUCCUUGUAAAAUAUGCAAUAUUUAUUGAUUGACUUAAGACAUGUAUCGAAGAGGUCUAAGGCUUUGAGUUUUUUUUUAAGGAACCUGUCAAUGGCUUUAACAAAGAAUGAACGAGACGCUGGGAUGAUUUCAAUGAUUGUUUGUGUUUGAAAUCAGACAUGAGAAUGAAUUCGAUAUUUUGAUAAUAAAACUGGCUCUUUUACUGCAA